CAACCCAUCUAAUACGGUCGCAAACGCUGAGCGCAAGAAUGGCCGCCUCCAUGUGCAGUUCGUGAAUGCGGGCGCGUCCGUCGCGGGAAAGAUCGUCGCUUCUCGCCGAUUUCUGCGCUCUGCAAAACGUCGUUCGUCACGGGCCCCAACCGCGGCACGAGCCCAACAGACGCAGACCGAGCGACCGCGAGAUGCAGUCCUUGAGCGCCGUGCUGGCGUCGGGCGGUCUCCCGUUGCUCGUCGGCCUGGGCUCGGGCCUGAGCAUCGGCUUGCUGCUGGGCGCCAGGUACGGGCUCCGGGGCGUGCUCGCCCGCUGGUUCUGCGGCGGGGCAAGCUGCCCGAUCGAGCAGGAGGGCGGCGACUGGGCCCGGGGCGAGUUGAAGCUCGUGCUCAUCGUGCGCAGCGACGUCAAGAUGGAGAAGGGCAAGGUGGCGGCCCAGUGCUCCCACGCGGCCGUCACGGCCUUCAAGCAGGCAUUGCGGCGCCAGCCCAACGCGCUGCGCAGGUGGGAGGACCAGGGCCAGCGCAAGGUGGUGCUACGCGUGCCCAGCGAGGACGAAAUGCUCGAGCUCGCGGACAAGGCCCGGAGGGCGGGCCUGGUCACGGCGCUCAUCAGAGACGCAGGCAGGACGCAGGUAGCGCCGGGUACCAGGACAGUGCUAGGCAUCGGGCCCGGGCCCGAGCCACUGGUCGACAGCGUCACCAGUCACCUCAAACUCUACUGAGCGGUACCUCGGCUGGGAGCGAAUAAACGUUCGAUGUGCGCCGCUCAGACUA